AUGGGUAGGUUCGGGUUUCAAACCAGUACCUAUAACAGGCUGGUUAUCGUUUUUGUUGCUAUUGGGUCAAUGACAUAUGGAUAUUGCUCUUCGAUUAUUUCUAGUACAAUCGGACAGCCGGGAUGGUAUGCCUACUUCGACCUGCCCGCUGAGGGUGAACCGGGAUACGCGACCAUCACUACACCCGCGAUAUCGACAGCAAAUGGUGUUUUCAGUGCUGGCGGUGCUGUUGGUACACUUUUUAUAAUGUGGUCGUGCGAUUUCUUCGGCCGAAAAGCGAACAUCCAGUUCGGUGCCUUCUUCUCACUGUUCGGGGGAGCACUUCAGGCCGGUUCUAAUUCACUAGCCAUGUUUCAGGCUGGUCGCUUUAUCUGUGGUCUUGGAAUCGGUAUCCUUGUAACCGUCUGCCCUAUGUAUCUCUCCGAAAUGUCGAGUGCUCUGCGACGCGGCUGGCUGGUCGGUCACCAUGCCAUUUUCCUGGUCUUUGGAUAUAUGCUUUCAGGAUGGGUCGGUUAUGCUUGCUACUAUGCAACGGGCUCUCUUUCCGAGUUUGGCUGGAGAUUUCCUCUCGCCUUGCAAUGUUUGCCUGCGUUGGUGCUGCUUCUGGGAUCUCCCUGGCUCCCGCGCUCUCCUCGCUGGUUAAUAUCGAAGGGUAAGCUCGAUGAGGCGCAGCAUGUUCUUGAACGUCUCCGCGAAUCACCAGAUGACCCGAACAACUUAGCUGCCAAGGAAGAGUUCUUCCAGACAGAAGAGCAAAUCCGACUGGAGGCUGAGAGAUUGGCUACUUAUGGCAGCGUGUGGAAGGCUGUCUUUACAAGAAAGACAUACCGAAAGCGUAUGGCGAUUGGCUUCCUUACCCAAUGGGGCGCUGAAUUUGGUGGACCUUUGAUCAUCAACAACUAUGCCGUUCUUCUAUACACAAAUUUGGGCAUGGAGGGGGGCGUGAUCUACAAUCCUCUAGGUGCCUGGCUUCAUGAUAAAGUCAAUUCCCGGCGUGGCAUGUACAUGAUCGGGUUUGUUGGUAUUAUCAUCUCUACAUCCUGCCUGGCUGCUAUGACUGCCCAGUAUGCCGGUACAACCAACAAGGUCGGAAAUGGAUUUGGUAUCUUCUUUAUGUACCUUUACCUAGCCUUCCAGGGUACUUUCUGCGACACCACGAUGUACCUCUAUGUUUCGGAGAUCUUCCCGACUGAAAUUCGUCCAAUUGGCAUGGGCUUUUCUCUCUUCGGACAAUUUGCUUCUACCCUCAUCCUCUUACAAACUGCCCCAAUGGGCUUUGGCAACGUUGGCUGGAAAUACUAUCUUGUCAUUAUUUGCUGGUCUGCAUUCUUCAUUCCCGUUAUCUACUUCUUCUUCCCAGAGACUGCUGGUCUUACCCUAGAGGAAAUCGCCCAGAACUUCGGCGAAGAGGUUGCCGUUAACCUUACGGGCGCCACGGACGAGGAAAAGGCUCGGCUCGACCAUCGGCUAGCCGCGGGUGAGAACCCUCAAUCAUCUAUAAACUCAGAACUAGGAAAUGAGACCAAGCCGUCGUCAACAGAUGGAGCUGAGCAGAACGUGCCGAAAAUCGAAUAA